GACGGACCAGCAAAUGGACUGUGCUCUUGACUUGAUGCGAAGAUUGCCUCCUCAAGAAAUUGAAAAAAAUUUGAGUGAUCUAAUUGAUUUAGUUCCAAGUCUUUGUGAAGAACUGUUGUCUUCAGUAGACCAACCCUUAAAAAUUGCCAUUGAUAAAGGGGUUGGUAAAGAUUAUUUGUUAUGUGAUUACAAUCGGGAUGGUGAUUCAUACAGAUCACCUUGGAGCAAUACAUAUGAUCCUCCCUUAGAAGAUGGUUCAAUGCCUUCUGAGAGGCUAAGAAAACUAGAAGUAGAAGCCAAUGCCGCUUUCGAUCAAUAUAGAGAGAUGUAUUUUGAAGGCGGUGUGUCUUCUGUUUACCUGUGGGAUUUGGAUAUGACUGGUUUUGCGGGUGCUAUUUUAAUUAAAAAGGCCGGAGAUGGUUCGAAAAAAAUUAAAGGUUGCUGGGAUUCUAUUCACGUAGUUGAAGUUCAAGAAAAGACAACUGGGCGAAAUGCUCAUUACAAAUUAACUUCAACUGUUAUGCUUUGGCUGCAAACUAACAAAACUGGCUCAGGUACGAUGAACCUGGGAGGUAGUUUAACUAGGCAGAUGGAACAAGAUGCACCGGUUUCAGAGGCUUCUCCACACAUUGCUAAUAUCGGCCGAAUGGUAGAAGAUAUGGAAAACAAAAUUAGGAACAUACUUAAUGAUAUUUAUUUUGGAAAAACUAAAGACAUUGUCAAUGGCUUAAGAAGCACACAGGCAUUAUCAGAACAGAAAGCCCAGGCUGCUCUGAGGCAGGAUCUUGCUGUAGCUCUUCAGAAGCGGCAGGCAAAGACUGCGGAAAAUUGA